CUCUCGCUGCAUACAGAAAACGUCAUUUUCAUUUUCAGUUGAAAUGGAUGAGAUUGGGAGUCUAGAAGUCAGGUGGGCACAGGGGUUUGCAAAGCAAAGAGUGGUGUUCAUUGACACGAUAACAGCAUGUUAUACGUGUGGAAACCACAUCGUUUUCCUUAACAUUGACUCCAAAAAGAGAACUGUCCUCCAAAGCCCUGGCAAAGGCAUCGGUGCAUUCACAGCCAGUGGGACUUCUAGGGUUUUGGCUGUCUCUGAGCAGAGGCUGAACCCUUCAAUAUUCGUGCUCAGCUAUCCUGAACUCAAGUUAAAACAUGAGCUGAAAGGCACAGCAACGCUUGACUAUACUUCUCUGGCGUUGAGCGAUGUCGGUCCAUACUUAUGCUGCUAUUCCUCUCUGCCAGAUCAUACCAUCACAGUGUGGAACUGGGAAAACGCAGAGAUAAUCUGUACUCAACCACAAGCUGGAAAAGAUGUAAUUUAUUUGGUUUUCAACCCAAUGAAUUGGCAGCAGAUAUGUGCUCUGGGUUCAAAAACCCUCACAGUGUGGAACAUCGAGAAGAGCGAUACACAUCACAUCCUGAUGAAAAGAGAACUUCAUCUCCCAGCAGCCGAUGGCUCCCUGAUCGAGAGAGAAGGCCCGCCCUCACACAUUGUGAACGGCAGGCUCACCUACUGGGGCCCUCAGAUGCCAGCGUCUGCUAUAGCCGGCCUAAAAGGAGUCAGGGCAGACGGCUUUCUGGAGCGUAGGACCCCCAGACUGACCCCACUGGCCGCAUGCUGGACCCCCGCCGCUGAGCUCUACGUAGGCUGUCAGGAGGGGUACCUGCUGCUGGCCAACCCGGACGCCCCUUCUGUCCGCAUCCUGUACAACCCCACAGCUCCUGAUGCAAACCCUGAACUCAAAGAUGGUGGGUUCCAGAGUUUGGCUCUUCACAGUGAUGGCUUGUAUGUUGCAGGAAAGGAUCGUCUCCUGCACUGCUUGAGGGUAAACGGUUUUGACGAAGGAGGAAACAUUCUUGUCUGUGCGUCCGAUUCCCACAUCUUCCUACUGGACGCCAAACCGUCGAAAACAUUUGCGGUCAUAGGAUACACAGUCGCUCCCGGCAGGCCCGUUCUAUCCCUGUCCACCCAACACAAGAGAGGUCUGAGCGGUGCAGGUCCAAGUUGCGCGGACGCACACGGCCGUCUAUCUGCAAACACUUUCCAGGCGAGCACGUAUGAGGCGCCACGUGCACUCCAGUCAUGCGUGCUGGGCGUCGGGGAGAUCUUUGCGUGCUGCGAGGAGCUCAAGACUUUGCAGAGAUUUAAAGUGCCCCAGGAUGCAGGCGGUGUUCCCGGGCCAACGGUGUGCCAGCUGGGGCCGGAGGAGGAAGUGGAGGGUCAUCCUCUGGGGCCCAGCCUCCUGGCCCUGUCCCCUCACGGCUCCUGGCUGGCGUCGGUGGGAAGGGACGGCCUGCUGCGACUGCGCACCACCGCCGCUCUGGAUAGGUACGCUGAGAUAGAGUGUCACUCGUGUCGCCUGGGAGGCGCUGGUGGCCUCUCCUUCUCUGCCGACGGCCAGACGCUAGUCACUGCAGGCUUGGGGGACGGUUCCCUUGUCUGCACUAGGCUGAGAACUGAAACGUCUGGCAGCUCAGAGGCCGGAGAAGCCACAUAUUACUGCCAAAGUGCCGCUCGGCAAUUGGAGAACGUCCUGAAAGUAGAGAAUGCCGCGCUGGGGGCCAUGACUGAGGGCCCCCAAGGGUCCUUGCCUCCUUUAGGCUCCCCACGCCCAGGGACAGAGGAGGUCAGUGAGGUCAGUGACGCCACGGAGAUGUCACCAGAGCUGGACGAGGGGGACCCCAAUUUGACCUUUGACCCCACCUGGCUGGAAACCAGAGAAGAGGCGGUUUUGGAGGCGGAGCAGCAACGGUAUUCCGAGAAAAAGGAAGAAAUAAGAAAAGGCAUAAAACAAUUGCUUGACACUAGUGGGGAGAGGAUGCGGGCGAACGAGGAGCUCCCAGAUAUCUGGCGUCUGGACGGGCACGAGUUCAACUUGGACGUGGGCGAGCAGAGGAGGUUAGAGGUCGACGGAGAGCGGGAGGUCGCCACGGUGAGGGAAGAGAUAGAAAUGGGGAACCUGGCCAAAAGCUACCUGCGUGAACUCCUCAAAAGAGACUGCUGGGACUCCAUGAAGGUGAAAGGAAAGGCCAUCAAGGGCUUCCAUUCUGUCCUUGAAGUGAAGAACUAUCCGAUGAAGGAGCGAACAGAGAAAGAACUGGACGAUCUCCUCAGGGUGGAAAGUAUCAGAGCCAUAGAGACGGCCAACCGCAUUACCCAGCAGGACGUCCCGCACAGGAGGCCCAGCGGAGGAGAGGAGGGAGAGGAGGGAGAGGAGGGAGAGGGGGGGGGAUACGACGUCCAGGCCGCAGCUCUGACCGGGAGCUUCGCGGGCCAGCUCGGCUGCUCGAACCCCCACCUCUACGAUCAGUUCAACCUGCACGUCACAGAGCAGAAGAUCAACCAGAUAACUCUGCUCCAGGAUGUGAUCUGCAAAGUCAAGAAGGCGUUCAACGGCGAGUUCGACGGCGUGCGCAAGCAAAAGGAGCAGGAGAUGAGCCGUGUCCGGGAGAAGAACCGGCGCAUGGCGGAGAUCAUGGGGGAUUUGGAGGCCAACCAGGAGCUGUGGGAGCCAACCCUUGGGGACAGCGAGCAGCCAGAGAGGGCCCUCACUGUGGAGGACUCAGAGAUAACAGUAGAAAAGUACCUCACCCCGCAGCAAAAGAAGAUUGAGGAGGAGAAGAAAAAACUGGAGGAACAAAUGCUUUUGGCUGCCAAGGGAGAUAACUCCAGAGACAGAGGGCUGGGGGACAUGAUGGGAGGGGCCAUUCAAGUCAAGAAAGAAGACAUCUUGAAGAAGGAAGUUAUUCAGCCUGAGUUUGCUGUGAGCAAACCGGAGCUGCAGUGGAGCGACGAGGAGAAGAAGAUCUACAAAGACUAUGAGAAGAAGGCCAAGGAUCUCAGUGAAGAGCAGGACAAAUACAAGAAGACACUGGAAAGUGAAAUGAAAAAAAUGCAGGCGUCCAUAUUGGAGUCAACACAAGGGUUUGAUGAAGUCUUGGCCAAACUGUUCGAGAGGAAAUUGAAAUCAGAGACGGUUAUAUACCAGGAGGAGCUGAAGAUAGCCCACCUGGUGUACUCCAUGUUGAUAGAGGAAGAGAUAAGGAACCGGGAGAGAGAGCUGGUGCUCAGCAUGGAGAGGAGGAGGGCAGACAAGAACGCAAUCGUGGAGGAACUGAGGAAUGUGAGCGAGGGUGUGGAGCUCUGUCGAAAGGCCUAUGACAACGUGGUGGCUGAGGACAGACUUCUGGACAAAGGGUUUAGGAAGCAGUUCUUCGAUGUUCAAGCACAUGUGGUGGAUCAUCUCUAUAAGCUGUUCAAGCACAGACCCAGAGUCCAGAGGAUGAGGGACCAAGCGGACAACAAGCCUUUUAAUAAGCGCUUCUCGCUGGGCGGGGCUGCCAGCGACGGCCUGGGCCAGAUGCUGCAGGCCAUGGAGGAGCUGGACUCCCCGGAGAACACCCCCGCAGGCCUGGAGCCGACCGUCUGGGAGCGCUUCUGUCUGGUCCGCAGGGCCAAGGUGGAGGGCGAACAGCAGGUGAAGGUGAAGGCCCUGACCCUGGCCGAGAUGCAGGCCUUUCUCCAGAAGCGGACUGAUGAAGAAGAGACAGCAAAACAUGAGAUCAAAACUCUCAUGGAUGAAAUCAACGGCCUGCGGGAGCAGAAGGUGCGCUUCCAGCUGGACCUCCUGGUGCAGGUGCUGCUGAGGCAGGGCCAGGUGGAGGUGGAGGUCAGCCCUGCCCUCUGCAUCCCCGACCACAGGGACUCUGUGAUGCACCACCGCAGCGUGGUGGAGGACCUCAGCGCCAACAUAAAGACGCUGGGGGGGCAGAAGAUCGCCACCAUGGUGGAGUGCAAGGACUUCCGGAAGGGCAUCAUCCAGCUGGAGUGGGAGCAGCGGAGGAUCCAGAUGCAGACGGAGCACUACGAUAUGCAGACCAGGGACAUCCAGAAGCUGCACCUGUCCAAGGAACAGCAGGAGUAUUUAAACCAGAUGGAUCUUGAAAUGGUGGACCAGGGUUCUAGUCUGGAGAAGCACACCGCCUUUGAUGACAAGAGUCCUCAGGAGAAGAUCAGACAGGUGUCCAUGCGGGCAGCGAUCAAAGCGGAGCAGAUUGCUGUGUUGGACCAGGAGUUGGCGGAGAUGGAGGUGGCUGUAUCUGAGAGGAGCCAUAUUUAUGACUCCACAGCCGUGGAGGCCGACCAGGGCGUGGAGCGGGAGGCAGAGCUCUACCAAGAGAUCGUUCAGCUGAAGAACUUGAAGCACCUUGCCAGAACCCAGGCCCAGGAACUGGCCCUGCUCCGGGAACAGUUGGAGGUCUCCAGGAUGAAGAACUUUCCCACGCUCAAUUAGUUUCAGAACACACACAAUGAAAACACAGGAUGCAUGACACAUGGUAGAAUUGGGAAAAUAAUUUAUUAAUACAGACAAAACGAAACAGUUAAAGCAACAGGUUCCCGAAACUGUCAUGUUGUAUUGGUUUGGAUUUUAAUAAUAAAUAUAUAUAAGCAUGUUUAAUCUGUAAAUUCAUCUUCUAAGCGGUCAAA